AUGAUCCGCGAAAUGUGGCGCAUCGAGUUGGGCGUAGGCGUCGGGCCUUUCCGCCUUGGAGCUAGCAUCGCUGAGGUGCUGCACGCACUAAAAAGCCGCCUUCCUGUCCGUCCUUUUGAGAUCUCAUAUGAUGCUGUGGCUCCCUACAAACGCGACGUAGUCGUCGAUUCUGCCGAAGACGGAUUUCGACUGCACUUCGACUCUGUGCGACAGAUACUCAAAUUGAUUGAAUUUUACGAUGUGAAUCGCGUGGCCCUGAAAUUCGGCCGCGUUGUGAUUUUUGGCGGGGACAUCGCUGCCACCUUCAUGUCUGUCUACAAUUUGUUCGGGCCGACGUUCCCAGGCCACUACGAAGCUGCUGGGCAGAGCUACAUUUUGGGCUACGAAGGUGGCUGUGUUAAAUUUCCGAUCCCAACAGAGUUUCGCGAUUUAUACCAGAACGGCACUGACUUACCGAUCGAGUUUCCGAACGGUGCCACGCCAGCAGCUACCGGACUCAUGGUGUUUGUGGGUGGAGAUUAUCGGUCGCCUGGACUCCCAGCUCCAACGAAAAAGCACUAUUUUGAAGAAAUCGAGGUCGAGGUUAGCGAAGAGAACACAUCGCUCUAUUUUACUGGCCGAAAGCAGCGUAUUCAGCUCGGGUGGUCGCCUCAGGAGGUGAUAAGCGAGCUUGGUGCCCCGGUGUCUGUCUUUCGAAAAGCAGAAGACCCAGAUGACGGAUCGACUAUCGCUGGUGGUCUAGUCAGUGACUACUUCCACAACUACCCUCACUUAGGACUGGACGUUCUGUACGACUCGAUGCAUCGCGCGUCGAAAGUGAUACUAAAGACCAACGCGCUGGGGCACCCCGACUUUGGCGCCUACAACAAGUGCAACUUCAGGCUCAGCGUAGAGUCCCUUACUCUACUCCAGAAUUCUGGGUUUUCAAAACCUACUAGCUUGGCAAUCACACCUCAAACACCGUGGAAGGAUAUCCGCUUGAUGUUCGGAGAGGAAUCGGACCUGCGGCCUAUCAUUCACGACAACGGUUUGGGUCUUCACCCGUUUGGUUCGACCUUGUGUUACUCACCGGCACCAGGAUGCAUCUUCGAGGUGAUGAGGAACGGUCUCAUCGCGAGCGUUACAGUCACAUCUCCAAGCUAG